AGAAACGUUUUGCAACAGAAUCGGCGGACUGAAUUUACACCCCAGAACACUUGAUUUGUACUGACGCACUUAAACGUGCGCGUCCCCGCUAUUCAACGAUAAAAAUGGCGGCCGCCGCCGGAUCAGGCGUCAAAGUACCCCGUAACUUCCGGCUGCUGGAGGAGCUGGAAGAGGGCCAGAAAGGCGUUGGAGACGGGACGGUGAGUUGGGGACUGGAGGACGAUGAGGACAUAAUGCUGACUCGCUGGACAGGCAUGAUCAUAGGGCCUCCCAGGACAAUCUACGAGAACAGGAUGUACAGUCUAAAGGUAGAAUGUGGACCCAGAUACCCGGAGUCUCCCCCUUUUGUCCGAUUCGUGACCAAGAUCAAUCUGAAUGGCGUACACAACUCAAAUGGUGUGGUGGACACGCGGGCAGUGGCGGCACUGGCCAAGUGGCAGAACUCGUACAGCAUCCGUGUGGUGCUGCAGGAGCUCCGGCGGCUCAUGAUGUGCAAAGAGAACAUGAAGCUCCCCCAGCCCCCCGAAGGCCAGCUAUUCAGCAACUGAUUCCCCUGACCCUGACUAGCCCUGCUAUCUCAACUCUCCUUCACUCUCCCUUCAUCCAACACACAAAUAAAUAUACACAUUCAAUACAUGCACAUAAUGAUUCAACGAUUCCUCACAUGCACACAAAUCCGCACAUGCAGCGUACAUGUACCCCUCUUAUUUUUCAGAGACUCUUGAAACCUCUGUUCUCACGUAAGCUCUUUUUGCCAGGCCCCUUCCCCUUUGUCCUAAGUCAUGGCCACUUUGUCUCUCGAGACCUUCUCGUUGGACAGAGAGAUGGUUGCACAGGUGGACUCCAUCCAUACCCUACCCUGACACCCAAUGCUCACCACUGUGCAGACCAGACAUUGAUACAAAUUACUUCAUCUUUUUUUUUAUCUUUGUGUUCUACAUCCAGAUUGUAAAAUAACAUAAAUGAUCUUAUUGAGUGUACCUAUCUUAUGUGUGUGCUGGGUUCUUCAACCAAGGAUGAUGGCAUUUACUUUGUACUGUAGGUAUAACAAGGGUGGAAAUCAAGAUACUUGCUGCUCCACGAAAGAAAAAUAGACCUGUGCCCCCACCGCAAUGUGGCCGAUAAAGUUUUCACUGUUUGGCUCUUAAUUUUGCUGCAAGAAUUCUGCUCCCCCAGUUGGACUUGUCAGAGGCAGUGGUUUGGGAUCUACAGCGUAGUCUUGCCAGUGUGUUUCAGAAAGCUAAUAAAUAAACAUUGCCCCCCACCCCCUUUAAAAAAACAUUUAAUGUCUUUCAGGAUAGCUUUGGUCUCAAACUGAGUAACCAGCUUUUUGAUCCCGAAUAUGUGAAUUUAUCGGCCUUGGCACGUGUACGGUACAUGGGAUUGGGGGGGAAUAAAGGUUCUCUUGGUUUCUCUUAAAGUACAUGGGGUUUGAAAUGCUCAUCUUUUGUGCUUUGCACCUUUUUUCAGGUUCACCACAUUACUGUGGCCUCCUAUGUGGAGAAUGAGUUUUUGUUUUGUCUUUAGGGUUGACCUGUUUACUCAGAGGUCAUCGCAUACAGUGGGCUCACUGACUGCAACAUAUGGCUUUAGUUGUUUAUUUCAUAACGGGUGUGAAUCUGGGUGAAGGUGACCUGUGCAUGGUUUUAUUUGAAUUAAACCUCGUUACUUUUGCA